AUGCUUCAUAGGAGAUUUGAUGAGUUGGAAACGGCAUUUUUCAUGCAAGAUUUCAAAUCUGGGAACUCAUCCCAAGCCCCACCCACUCCGCACCAUCGAACCCCAACGAACCAUUACCCGGAAAAUCUCUUUAUCUUGUCCAUCUCCUCUCCAACCUCUCGGCGGAUCUUCUCCGGCAGCUGUAUUCGCCUGGCUCGAGCAUUUUUUAACAGAAUCCAGCCCGAGAUGUGCAAUUUUGAUGAAAUCCCGCUUCUGUAUGGGGAACCCUGCGGGAGGAUUUUGCAAGCUCUCAGCAUAAAGCAGUGGAUGAUCUUGGACCUGUAUCUGUCAUCCUUGCUCACGCAAGCACGAUGUCCCAAAUCAUUCCAAUCGUGGCUAGGCUUCUUGGGAGAAUAUAUUGUGUGA